GCUCCUCAUGUGGUCCGGUCUGAGUCCUGCUCCUCAUGUGGUCCGGUCUGAGACCUGCUCCUCAUGUGGUCCGGUCUGAGACCUGCUCCUCAUGUGGUCCGGUCUGUUUCCUGUUCCAGGCUCCAACUACUACGUGCGCAUCCUGAGCACCAUCGACAGGGAGCUGCUGAAGCCCAACGCCUCGGUGGCUCUGCACAAGCACAGCAACGCCCUGGUGGACGUGCUUCCUCCUGAGGCCGACAGCAGCAUCAUGAUGCUGACGUCAGACCAGAAGCCUGAUGUGAUGUACGCUGACAUCGGAGGGAUGGACAUCCAGAAGCAGGAGGUCAGAGAGGCUGUGGAGCUGCCUCUCACUCACUUUGAGCUCUACAAGCAGAUUGGUAUCGACCCACCCAGGGGUGUCCUCAUGUACGGACCUCCAGGCUGCGGGAAAACCAUGUUGGCCAAAGCUGUGGCCCACCACACUACAGGUGAGACAUUUGUCCAACUCUCACCUGUCUCUGACCUGUCUCUGAGCCUGUCUGUCUCUGAGCCUGUCUGUCUCUGACCUGUCUCUGACCUGUC